AGAACGACCCGACCCGGCUUGUUCGCAUCGAAGUGUAAUCUAGGGUUUUUAAGGGUUUCUAUUGUCCGGAGAGACGGAGACUGAAGCAGCCUUCACAACCAAUACCAGAGUCAGUCUGCGACCUCAACGAUGCCGAAAUCCAAGCGCAACCGACAGGUUACUCUAUCCAAGACGAAGAAGAAGGGGAGAGCCCACAAAGAGAACAUUGUGAACUUGAUCCGGGAAUCGGCUGAUAAGUAUAGUUCCCUCUACGUGUUUGGUUUCGAGAACAUGAGGAAUCUCAAGUUCAAGGAGUUCCGAGAGCAGCUUAAGUCUUCUAGCAGAUUUUUCCUUGGCUCAAACAAGGUAAUGCAGUUAGCACUAGGUCGAUCAGCUGCUGAUGAAAUUAAACCGGGUCUUUAUAAGAUUUCUAAGCUAUUGCGUGGAGAUACUGGGCUUCUGUUUACCAAUUUGACCAAGGAAGAAGUUGAAAGAUUAUUCAACCAAUAUGAAGAAUAUGACUUUGCCAGGACGGGGAGUCUUGCAACAGAAAAGGUUGAGCUAAAAGAAGGCCCACUGGACCAAUUCACCCAUGAAAUGGAGCCAUUUCUCCGUAAGCAAGGAAUGCCUGUUCGGUUAAACAAAGGUGUUGUUGAGCUAGUGUCUGACUAUGUUGUGUGUGAAGAAGGUGCGCCUUUAUCCCCAGAAGCUGCACGUAUACUGCGCCUGCUUGGCAUCAAGAUGGCUACGUUCAAGCUACAUUUGAUAUGCAGGUGGGCUCCAGAUCAGUUUGAAAUCUAUAUAGAAGGUUUAGAAAAUUCUGAUGUGGAAUCGUCAUAAAUGUGGUUUACACAUUCAUUUUCUGUGUUUGGGCCAAACGGACGGGGCCCGGAGAAUGUUCGGUUAUUCGCUUUUCACCUUCAUGUGGUGUGCUCUUGUGUUGGGUUAUCAUUUCCUUUUUGUCUUGACAUUUUUUUUGCUUGCGAUAUGGAGCGUUAAAUACGGAGUAUGUUAGAGAUGAUACUGAGUGUAAUCUGUGUUUGUAUGAGUAAGAAUCCCUUUACAAGAAUGCCUAGUUAUGGUUCAACAAAAAUUUAUAUCAUUG